CCAAACAAAAUGCUCAACUCCACUGUCAAGCUGAUCGCGCUCUGGGCGUCUCCUUCCAGCCCGUCGCUGCUCGCAUUCUGCGUUUCUCACCUCAUCGUCGCUCUCCUCCUCCUCGCUGGCCGCAGCGCUGCCCCGGAGAUCAGCGGCCGUGCUGUCGGAGGGCGAAGCUUGGAAGCUGGCGCGGGAGUGCCGAGGAAGGAAACGAAUCCUGGAGGACGAGAGGCUCGUCUCCCUGCCGUGGACGCUGGCGGCCGUGGUGGCUGUGCUCCCGGCGUCGAUGGCCGCGCCGAGGAGUGCUUGGUGCGCGUAGGCGACGGGGAUGCCGUUGAGAUGCAGGCGAGAGAAAGGGGCAGUAGUGCACGAGAGGAAGAGCUCGUUGCUGCUCAUGCAUUGCGAGAGAAGAACUGUGACGAUGGGGAAGAUGAGCUUAUGCUGCGAGCCGAGGAAUUCAUUCGGCGGAUGAACAGAAUCUGGAUGGCAGAAAAUUUGCGGGUUUGCUGAUGAGUUGUUGUUACUACUUUCUACCUUUAGGUGCAUUCAGAGUCAGAGAUGAAAAGAUUUGAAAUAAAAUACCGGGAACUCUCAACUCUACCCAUUAAAAUCGGAGGGACUGGAGAUACAGCAGAGGUGUUGUGUUUAGUUAUACUAAUCGAUCAUUCCGUCCCAUGUUUAUUUUAAAGUUGCGUUGCUAUUAUUGUGUACAGUAUAUACAAGAACUGAUAAUGCCACGACGAUGUACCGAGCAAGGGAGACAAUAAAUUUUUAUCAUGUAGUAA